GUACGUAUAGUUCGUGAUAUUUUCAAUCCGAAACGAAAUAAAAUGAGAAGUGAAGUCGAAUGAUACGAAUUGUUGAGAUAGUGACAUCGAGUGUAAUUUGUGGCAAUAAUUUUGCAAAUAAGUGUAUAUGUGUGAGAAGAUAGUACUCGGUGGGAAGAUGACGAACAUCACGCCGGAGACAAGGAUCAUGAUGAUGAGGUCUACUGACGGAAGACACGGAUAUCGGAGACAGAUCUUGGCAGCCCUAGCGGUGUCCCUGGGACCAUUUGCGGCGGGUCUCAGCAAAGGGUACAUGUCACCCGCCAUUGCUUCUAUGCAGGACCCUCAUCAUAAGAACGCCUCCUUCACAGUCAGUGAUCAACAGGCCAGUUGGAUAGCCAGUCUUAGUUUGUUAGGUGCUCUAAUAGGCGGUAUACUGGGCGGUGUGGUGAUGAGAUACGGUCGCCGUAGUAUACUCCUAGCAGCUGCUCUACCGUAUACUCUCGCUUGGGUAGCUACUGCUUUUUCUACCAGCGUUGAUAUGAUCUCCGCGACGUCCUUCUGCGGCGGUAUGCUCGUCUGCUGUAUAACUAUGAUCACUCAGGUAUAUAUCACAGAGAUAGCCGUACCAGAAAUAAGAGGAUGUCUCAGCUCAGUGUCAAAAAUAUUGAGCCAAAUAGGAAUUCUCAUCUCUUAUUCACUCGGAGCAUACCUGAAUUGGCAACAGCUGGCAUUUGUGGUAGCAACAGCGCCGAUACUUCUCUUCCUAGCUCUCCUCUUCAUCCCUGAAACUCCUUCUUCUCUUUUCCUCAGAGGGAAAGAGGAAGAAGCGGCAGAUUCUUUACAAUGGCUACGAGGACCUGACUCCGAUAUUAGACAGGAGUUAGCUACGAUCAGAACAAAUAUACUAGCAAGUAAGCAGUACCAUAAUGGUAGGGCAGGAAAGUUGAAAGUACUGCUAUCAAAAAGGUUGACUAGACCUGUUCUGAUAACAUGCGGAUUGAUGUUCUUUCAAAGAUUUACUGGUGCUCAUGUUUUUAGUUUCUACGCUGUGCCUAUGUUUAAAAAGACCUUUAGAAUGAUGAAUCCUCAUGGAGGAGCAAUCGCUACUAGUGCGGUCCAACUUUUAGCUUCCUGUUUAUCAGGAAUGCUUAUAGAUAAUGUUGGAAGAUUGCCUUUACUAAUGAUAAGUGGAGUAAUGAUGUCUAUAGCUUUAGCUGGUUAUGGUUCUUACGCGUAUUAUAUGACAAUCUUUAUGAAUUCAACUGAUCUUACACAAACAGAACCAGGUGCGUACGAUUGGAUUCCUUUAAUCUGUGUGUUAACUUUUACCAUUGCAUUUUCAUUGGGUAUAAGUCCAAUAUCUUCUUUAUUGAUUGGAGAAUUAUUUCCUUUGGAAUAUAGAAGUACAGGCAGUGCUUUAGCGACUAGUUUUAGCCAUUUAUGUGGCUUUGUUAAUGUUAAAACAGCAGCUGAUAUACAAGAUCAUAUAGGAUUGUAUGGUCUUUUCUGGUUGUAUGCUGGCAUAUCUGUUCUUUGUCUACUCUUCGUAGUUCUUUUUGUACCAGAGACUAAAGGUAGAGAGAUUGACGAAAUGGAUCCUAAAUAUGUUGAAUCUUUGUGCAUCAAUCGAUAGUAGAUUUAGCUGGUUUUUUAAAGGUAUAGACUGAUUUUCUUUUACGUGGAAGACGAGUUAAUUAAACACACUUUGUAUGGCAGUAGGAAGUGGGAGCGUUUUUUUACAGUAUUAUUUGUUAAGCGUAGAUGUUUCGAGAUUUCAGUGCCUUAUAUUAAUGUUGAAAAGUUCCUUGUUAUAAUUAAUAUCAAAAAUUAAUAAAAGAAAAUUUGCUGCUAAAUAAUUAU